UGCGCGAACAUAAAAGGAUGUUUUGGUGUGGAUAGGUAAGGUGUUUGUUUGGCAUUGUGUUUGAAAAUGGCCACACUAUAUUCAUCUUCAUCUCUUCACUCCAUUCGUCUCUGUUCUACUACUAUUCCUACUACAUCUUCUCCUUCCCUUGCGUUUUGCAACUUUCCCUUUCGUCCUCUCUGUUCAAUUUUGAAGGCACAAACAACUAAGAACCGUGGAGUGUGUGUGGCCAAAGCUGUGGAAGAAGAAACCCAAUUGGCUUCACAGCAAGAAGAAGUUAGCACUGAGUCUGAACAACAGCAACAACCAUUAACCUCGGAACAGCAACCUGUUGUUGUUCCCAUUUCCCCAUCUGAUACUCUUACAAUGUUCUUUCAGGCAGAGGGAGCAUUGAAUGAAACAGCAAUUCCAGCAUUGACCAAAGCCUUAGAGGAGACAGAGGGUGUUACCGAUUUGAAGGUUCAGCUUGUUGAGGGACUCGCAACUUUAGAGUUGAAAAAACAGACAACAGUCCAAGCUACAGGUGUGGCUUCUAGUCUGGUAGAAACCAUACAAGGUUCAGGCUUUAGAUUACAGACAUUAAAUCUGAGUUUUGAAGAUGAAGAAUAUGCAGCUGCCUAAACUAGAAGUGCUCCUGUAAGAACAAUUGAUUUCGAGGAAGAAAAAAAAAAAGUUAAAAAAAGUCGCCUAUUCACUCUUUCCUGACUAAAGCCUAUUCAGUUAUUUUGGUUUUUAUAGACCUAAUUUAAGGGUGUUGUAUUUGGAAAGUGUUAGUUAACUUUCUUUAUUAUUAUUAUGUCUUGAAGAAAUUGUAAAGAGUACUUGAUUAUAAAAGGCUUCAAUUGAUAUUGAUGUGAGAAUAAGACUAUAGACCAAAGCACAAUGUAUGAACAG